AUGUAUACGGAUCGGAAGGUCCGAGAUUUAGAGUUUGCCAUUUGUGAUGAGGUUCUAUUGAAGACUUCACCCAUGAAGGGUGUUAUGAGGUUUGGAAAGAGAGGUAAGGUAAGUCUGAGGUAUAUUGGGCCAUUUGAGAUUCUUGACCGUGUGGGCGAUGCUGCUUAUGAUUUGGCUUUGCCGCCAGGCAUGGCAGGAGUUCAUCCAGUUUUCCAUGUGUCUAUGUUGAAGAAGUAUCAUACCUAUGGUUCGAAAGUUGGGGUAGAAAAUGAUGCUUCUGUGAAAGUGCAAUGGAGGUAUCGUCUGGUUGAGGAGGACACUUGGGAGAAUAAACCUGACAUGCGUAGCCCCUGUCUCCAACUGUUUGUUGAUUCAGAGUAUAUUGAGAGCUUUUCAAGGCGAUUCUUGGGAGAACUCUUGGUGAGUUCUAGGUGCGAUCAACUUCUACUUCUCGUGGCUGAUAGUAGUUCGAAGGUUGCUGUUUCGAGUCACACAUGGUGA